CACCCACUGUCAGAGCUGAAGACCCCGGGCAAGAGGAUUUGGGGGAGAGGGCAGGGUUUAAAGAAGCAAGUGGGAACACAGGAGAGCAGUGCCAAGACCUGCCUGAGCCCUAGUUGUUCAGGCUGUGGGGGAGUGCUGGCACUAGUUCCACGUCGGGAUGGCUACGGAGUGGACCUGGGAGAUGCUGGGAGAUUAGCGUGGCGCCUGACCGGGGAGGUGAGCCGGCAGAUGUCCGGGCCGGGGCCGCGCCGCUGGCCACGCUGGCUGGCCGGCGGGGCAGGACCAGGACUCCGGGCUGAGACUCCAGGCCGGACCCAGCGGCGACCCGCCUUGGGCUCCUCUGCCCCUCACCUGCCGAGACCGGACGGAAUUGGGGGGCUGGGCGGCCGCAGUGACCGCUGCUCCCCAGGAGCCCCCUGCCCGGCCUCCCCAGGCAGGCGGAGGGAUUGGCCGGGCCCCUGGGCGCGCCAUGCGCAGCACCACACUCCUGGCACUGCUGGCGCUGGUCCUACUCUACUUGGUGUCUGGUGCCCUGGUGUUCCAGGCCCUGGAGCAGCCCCACGAGCAGCAGGCCCAGAGGGAGCUGGGGGAGGUCCGAGAAAAGUUCCUGAGGGCCCAUCCAUGUGUGAGCGACCAGGACCUGGGGAGCUUCAUCAAGGAGGUGGCUGAUGCCCUGGGAGGGGGUGCGAACCCUGAUACCAACUCAACCAGUAACAACAACCACUCAGCCUGGGACCUGGGCAGCGCCUUCUUUUUCUCAGGCACCAUCAUCACCACCAUCGGCUACGGCAACGCGGCCCUGCGCACGGAUGCUGGGCGCCUCUUCUGCAUCUUUUAUGCGCUGGUGGGGAUCCCGUUGUUCGGGAUCCUGCUGGCAGGGGUCGGGGACCGGCUGGGCUCCUCUCUGCGCCGUGGCAUCGGUCACAUCGAAGCCAUCUUCCUGAAGUGGCAUGUGCCACCGGAGCUGGUGCGAAUACUAUCCGCGGUGCUCUUCCUGCUCAUCGGCUGCCUGCUCUUUGUUCUCACGCCCACGUUCGUGUUCUGCUACGUGGAGGGCUGGAGCAAGCUGGAGGCCAUCUACUUCGUCGUUGUGACGCUCACCACGGUGGGCUUCGGGGACUAUGUGGCCGGCGCCAGCCCCAACCAGGGCAAUGCAGCCUACCAGCCGCUGGUGUGGUUCUGGAUCCUGCUCGGCCUGGCCUACUUCGCCUCUGUACUCACCACCAUCGGGAACUGGCUGCGAGUAGUGUCCCGCCGCACUCGGGCAGAGAUGGGCGGCCUCACAGCGCAGGCCGCCAGCUGGACCGGCACGGUGACGGCGCGGGUGACCCAGCGAGUCGGGCCCACGGCGCCACCGCCGCUGGAGAAGGAGCGGCCAUUCCUGCCUCCACCGCCGCGUUCGGCGCAGCCCGCCGGCAGGCCCCCGUCCCCGCUCCCCGUGAAGGCCGAGCCGCCCUCGCCGUCCUCCGCGUCCACCCCGCCCACGGCCUCCGCGCUGGAUUACCCCAGCGAGAACCUGGCCUUCAUCGACGAGUCCUCCGACACGCAGAGCGAGCGCGGCUGCGCGCCGCCCCGCGCGCCACGGGGUCGCCGCCGCCCCCCUAACCCUCCCCGGAAGCCCGUGCGGCCGCGGGGCCCGGGGCGCCCGCGGGAGAAAGGCGGACCCGUGUAGGGGCAGGACCCCCGGCCUGGGCCUCUCAAAGGGCCCGGUUCUCGCGCUCUCCCCGG